GCGGGGGCGGCAGUUUGGCGAGCGCCUGCGAGCCGGGCGGCCGUGCGCGAGUGCUUGUGACGUCACCACGCAUUGACAUGGAUCUCGCUGAAACCCUGGGCGUGUGGAGAUGAGCAGUGCCCCCCGCCCCACCCUUCCCCCGCCCCGCACCCCGCCCCGCCCGCGAGAUGCUCGCUCUGCUCUCUAUACUGCUUCUUACAGCCCUUUCUGCCCGCGCGUCUUCCAGCUCGGAGCGCGCGCCUUCCCCCCGCGCGCCCCCCGCGCUCGACGAAGAAUUACUACGCGAUGCGCCCCUCUACCCGCCACUACAGUAUGCCUCUCCCGACUACGACCCUGAGGACCCGGAAACCAGCAUCGAAGACAGCAGCAUCCUCGUCACACCAGAGCUGUCCGAAGACAAAACAAGCGACAAGAUUGAUAUUCCCGACAUAGGGAACAUUCCUGAUAUUGACAACGUUCCUGACAUUGAAAACUUUCCUGACAUAGGGGAUGUUAAUGAUCUUCAGGAGAUAAACGGGAGUGAAAGUGAAGUUGAGUUUGAAGAGGGAGAAAGAAAGAAAAGAAGCAGUGGACCUGAUUGGGAUAAAGGUUCAAAGGGAGCAAACAGACGCGUCCAGACAGCGGACACGAUCCUCAACAUCCGCGGCGCGCUACGCGACGCUAUCGGCGACGCGGGCGCCGCGCCGGGCCCGCGCGCGUCGUCACGUGUGGAUGCGUUUGUGAUCAGACCGGCUGCGCCCGCGCCGCAGCCGCAAGCACAAGCGAGACAGGCGCCGAAGGUGCAACCUUCCACUAGCCAGCCGAAACAUCGGGAGCUGCUGGUGGAACCGCACGCCCGCGCCCGGAUCCCGUGCGAGCUGGCUAAUGUCACGGACCUGCGAUGGUACCGCGACAGUGAGCUGGUGAACCUACCUACCUCUGCGCGUGGUGGGGAAGCGAUGUGGGCAGAGCCGGGCGGCGCGGUUAUAGCGCGAGCGACGCGAAGUGAUGCCGCUGUGUGGCGCUGCGAAGGAAGAGAUGCUAACGGCAAUAAGGUGUCUGGGAAGCCAACGGAGCUACUAGUUUAUGAACCGGUGCGAUCCCUCUACUUGGCUGUGGAUGGGCGACGACUGGACGCGGGUAACACGUGGGUGCCCGUGAGAGACAAGAUGGUGCUGGAGGUUCGCUGUGUGGCUGAAGGAGGUGUACCAGCACCCGAGCUGUCAUGGCGACUGCUAGCGCUAGAGCCAACGCUCGACCAUCGGCCCUAUUUGCGGACCAAGCCCGCUAACUACUCACGAGAGGGCGUGACCUGGUCUGGAGCAUCAGUGACAGCGGCACGCGAGUUGCACAACGCCAGCCUUCAGUGCGACGCCAAACAACGCCGGCCUCCCACAACGGAAGAGGCCGAAUCCCCUCCCGCGAUACACUCUACUAAACUAGAGAUACAUGUCACUUACCCACCAUCAUUCGUGAUCUCUCGCUGGCCUGGCUUCGGCGUGGCGCUUUGGGCUGGGGGCGCAGCUGCGUUGCGCUGUGAUGUGGAUGCGAAUCCACCAGCAAGAGCUUGGUGGAGGCGAGACGACGCUCCUCCAGAUAGCGCACCUCCACAAGGUGGCGCUGAGCGCGGUUCCUCGGCGUCGCUCCGCUGGCCGGCACUAUCAGCUCAGCAUGGGGGCUGGUAUCGUUGCAGAGCCUCAUGGCUUGACCAAGAAUAUUCUUCCAUCGGCUACUAUCUGAAUGUGCUCUCCCCGGAUGAAUCAUCGUCAGUGUCAUCGAGCGCAUCCAACACUGAGGGCCAGAAACCCGAGGAAGCCGAGGACGAAGAGGUGGACCAUCAGAAGGUCGACGUGCCACUGGGAGGGAGUGUGCAACUGCAUUGCCCCAAAGGCAGCGUCGGUUGCUGGUGGCGUCGCGUACUUGGUAACGCUUCGGAAGGUGCGUGGGCGCCGGCUGGGUCUCAUAAUGCGCACGGGGUACUCGGGAUCAAAGAAGCAUUAUACCAAGAAGGAGGGGAGUACCGUUGCGUCGGCGCGCGCGGUUCGGACCUCGCGCGCUUGCAGGAGCUGAAGCGUGUCACACUGAGGGUCACUGGUGCUGCUACAGCCCGUGCAGUGUCAGCAACAGCAGUAGCCGGCGGCGGCUGGAGGCUCGAGUGUGGCGCUUGCGGCCGAGCGCUGCGAGUUCUGUGGCUACUGCGAGGCAGGGCUGUCCCAGCGGCGUUGACGCCUGAUCUACCGCAACAUUGCUGGCGGACUGUACUUCACGUGACCGACCCUGACGAGGUGUGGUGCGUCGCCGGCGGCGCGGGCGGCGGCGCGGUGGCAGUAUUCCCCCCGCGCACCCCCGCCCCCGCCAGGCAGACCGUCCGCGCCCUACACGGCGCCUCUACCGCUUACCACGCCUCUCUAACCUUACUGACGAUGGCGUUAGCUUUCCUAGUUUAAAACUAGACGAUA